GGCCGGAGAUCGGGCGCGGGCCUGGCCCCUGACCAGCUCUUGAGGCUCCCGGGCGCCCCUGGCUCGCGCUCUCGGCGGCCUCCCGCUCCCGCCCUCCUGGGGCUGCUCCACGGGAGCCGUGGGACCCCAGACCCGGCACCCCUGGCCGGCGCCUCUGGCUGUGUCCCCCUCCACCGUCCCUCUUCUUCCUCCCUGCUCUCCCUCCCUCUCGCUGGGGCUCUACCUUCUUUCUCCCCUCCCCCUGCUCGGGGAGUUCCUGAGACUGGACCUCACCGCCUGGAUGUGGGGGGCCUGGGUAUGGACAAGUCAGGCCACAGUAUACAGAAGCUGCCUGACUCUUGGUCCAAAUGGGGGAGCCUGAGACUGGGGUUGUCCGCAACCCCAGGGCCGAUUCUGCCUUGGCCUCUGGGUGGUGCCCUGUUUCCCAGCAAUGCUUUCCCAUAAGUUAGCUUCACCAGCCCCCUACCUGCAUUUCACACAUGAGGAAAUCGAGGCACAGAGGGGAGAUUGACAGCCAGAGUCAGGAACCUCCUGGGAACCAGUCUCAGUUCCUGGCCAGAGGACAGUCUGCAGUAGCUUGAGGCCCCACAAGUUUCUCUUCUCUCUGUCCCAUGCCCCAGGUCAGCCAGGGAGGGAGCAGGGCCAAGCCAGGCCAGCUCCUGCAGGGGCUUGAGGAGCACACACCAGGCCACAGCCAGCCUGUGCUGGGGACGCUGGGGCUCUUCCUUCCCUUUCUCUUUUUCUUUCUUUUUUAAUCCAAAAGCCAGCAGCUAGCUUUUAUAAAGAGUAAUAAGACUUUGUGCACUCUGCUGCCUUGGCCUGUGACCCAAGCUAGAGAACAUUCCUGGCUCCUUCUUCAGAAGCUCUGUCAAGGCUGAAUGGUCCUGGACAAAUAGACCCCUGGAGCUGAGAAUGGGCCCCAGCCCAGUGUGGGCCCGAGCGACCCAGCCGUUGGCCCCUGCACCCACCACCGGACCUGGAGCGUCUGGAAAGAACCACUUGCCGUUUGUGUGUUGUCGUACACAGGUAAUGCAUUCAUAUAGUUCAGAAUUCAAAGGCACAGAAGUAUGCAGUGAAGUCCCAGAGGAUAUACAAAAUAAGUUGGCCGUGGUCUCGGAGGAUGACUUUCAUUACAGUUCAAACUCCACCUACAGAACCGCGAGCAGCUCUCUCCGAGCUGACCAGGAAGCGCUGCUGGAGAAGCUGCUGGACCACCCGCCACCCGGCCUGCAGAGGCCCAAGGACCGCUUCAGUGGUACCUACAUCAUCUUCUUCAGCUUGGGCAUUGGCGGCCUGCUGCCAUGGAAUUUCUUUGUCACUGCCAAGGAGUACUGGAUAUUCAAACUCCACAACUGCUCCAUCCCGGCCACAAGGGAGAAACCUGAGGACUCGGACAUCCUGAACUACUUUGAGAGCUACCUUGCCGUCGCCUCCACUGUGCCGUCCGUGCUGUGCCUCAUGGCGAACUUCCUGCUUGUCAACAGGGUUCCGAUUCAUGUCCGUGUGCUGGCCUCGCUGGUUGUCAUGCUGGCCAUCUUUGUGGUGAUGACCGUGCUGGUGAAGGUGGAUACCUCCUCCUGGACCCAUGGCUUCUUUGCUGUCAUCAUCAUCUGCAUGGUGAUCCUCAGUGGCGCCUCCACCAUCUUUAAUAGCAGUGUCUUGGGCAUGACCGGCUCCUUCCCUAUGAGGAAUUCCCAGGCCCUGAUAUCAGGGGGAGGCAUGGGGGGCACCAUCAGUGCCGUGGCCUCGCUGGUGGACCUGGCGGUGUCCAGCGAUGUGACGGACAGCGCCCUGGCCUUCUUCCUGACUGCAGACGUCUUCCUCAGCCUCUGCAUCGGCCUCUACCUGCUGCUGCCCCGGCUGGAGUACGCCAGGUACUACAUGAAGCCUGUUUGGCCGGCCCACGUCUUUUCUGAUGAAGAGCAGCCGCCCCAGGACUGCCCCAAUGCCCCUUUGGUGGCCCCCAGAUCCAGUGACUCCCCAACGCCACCACUCCGCCCCAUCCUGAAGAAGACAGCCAGCCUGGGCUUCUGCGUCAUCUAUCUCUUCUUCAUCACCAGCCUCGUCUUCCCUGCCAUCUCCGCCAACAUCGAGUCCCUCAACAAGGGCUCCGGCUCGCUCUGGACCACCAAGUUCUUCGUCCCCCUCACCACCUUCCUCCUGUACAACUUUGCUGAUCUGUGUGGCCGGCAGAUCACAGCCUGGAUCCAGGUGCCCGGGCCCAGAAGUCAGGUGCUCCCCGGGCUUGCACUCCUCCGGACCUGCCUCGUCCCCCUCCUCGUGCUCUGCAACUACCAGCCCCGCGUCCACCUGCAGACGGUGGUCUUCCAGUCCGACAUCUACCCGGUGGUCUUCACCUCCCUGCUGGGGCUCAGCAACGGCUACCUCAGCACCCUGCCUCUCAUCUACGGGCCCAAGAUCGUGCCCAGGGAGCUGGCUGAGGCCACGGGGGUGGUCAUGUCCUUUUACCUGUACUUGGGCUUGGUGCUUGGCUCGGCCUUCUCCACCCUGCUCGUGCACCUCAUCUAGGGGGCCAAUGGCAAGAACGUCGGAGCCUGCAGGAUGCUCAGUGAGAUGGGGAGGACCUGCCGGGAGGGUUCAGGCUGCAUGCAGGAAGGGCUGGAGGUGGGCUCAGCGCAGAGAGCACCGCACACUCAGGCCCCAUCUUUCCCAAGGAGCUGGUGACCCGUGCUGUCCCCGUGCCAGACAGAGACAUUCCAGACUCUUUAACAGAAUGCUCCUGAGAUGUUUGAAGAAGACCAAAAGACAUCUUAAGACACAGUUACACAGUUACGCGGUGGGCUAUCUCUUUCCUCGCUGGUGGUUACGUGCUGUCUUUCCUUCCAGCUUCUUGGGAACUGUGUUGCCAGCAUUUGCCUGAGUUGUUACAGGCCAGUGCCACAGCCCACUGCAGGCGGCCUCCCUUCUCACAGCCUUGCUCCUUCCAGCUUACAGCAAGGUGUGAGAAUUCUCAGCCCUCCCUGCCAGAGGGGGUCCCCCUGGAAUGGAAGUCCUCCUGGGAUGGCCAGUCCUCAGGCCUGAGACCCAAGCCUGCACAGAUCCCUGCUUUCUGUGGGUAAGAGAGCACCCACCAACCAGACUGGGAACCCCAGAAAGACAAACCUUCCAGGAACCUUCAUUCCAGAGGGCCUCCCUGUACCAGGGACCAGGCGUGUGAGGCCUGCGUUUUCAGACGGGUCAUUAAAGUGGUCUGUGGCCUGAGUCAAGGUGGGGUCUUUUAAGUCCUUGUUUACAACGUGUCAAGGCCAUUGAUUCAAGGGCAUAACAAAUACCUGGGUAUUUAAUGAAAGCCUUACUGGGGCCUUAUUCCUCAGGGUCCUGGCAGGAACCAGCGUACUCAAAUUGGGUAAUUUGAGGCUACGUGAAGAG